UUAACACCUUCACUCUCUUAACAGUGAGAAGCCCUCAUGUUAAGUUUAUGAAUCCCUUAAGAAAGGGCUAGAGUUCCUAUUCUCAGCCCAAACUGUAUCCAAGUCCAUACAGCUUCAAAUUGCAAACGCUGUUUCCCAAGAAGCAGUUGACAUUCUGCUAUUUUGGGCGUGGCAAAAAAAACUGCUACUCCGCUGCCAACCUCCCCUUUUCCUACUUAAAACAACUUCAUCUGUUACUUCUCUCGUAUUGUCAUACACCAACUUCUCCUCUUUGUCCACCCAAACCCUCCUUUUACCCAGAUUCCUCCAACCUCUUCACAUCCUAAUUCGCAACUCAUAAACCAGUAGCCACCUUAAAUAUUUACCUUCCCCAAUAUUCUUGCAUACGUACAAUUGUUGUACACAAUUUCCCUCUCACAUAACUUGUUACAUAACUCUACCACGUGACAAGUUUUUUUACAUAGAAUACAAAUUCUCUUCUUCUUUGUACCUUCAAGAAAACUUUGAUCACACGAACCAUCCCCAUAACUCGUACACGAGUAAAUAAAGAAUCGUGGCGAGUGGAACAUACACAAGAGAGAUGCAAGAACUUUUUUCUUUUUCUUGCAUCAUCACCAACACCAAGUUUAUAUAAGCAUAUACAACAAUCCAAGAAAUCAUUUAAAACCAAAGCAUGAAAUUCAGUAACAAGCUGCACGUAUAGCAAUGUGUCCGUACGUCUCUUUUUUUUGUUCUUCCACUUUCUAAAUUCCUUCUCUCUCUAAACAUUCCCACACCACCAACUUCUUACCCAUCAAAUCAAUCAAACCCUAAACAUUUUCAAGAAAUCCAAGAAUUCACUAAUGGCACCACUAUUAGCAUUUCUUCUGGUUGUCAACAUCUUCAUAAACUCACCUCAACUCGGGCUGAGUCGCCCCAACCUCAUCCCCCCCAACUUCUCCCAACUCGACUCGUGGAUCGCCCACAACAUGAGGGGCUACACCAACCUUAAGGCCACCCAAGCCACUCUCCGCUUCGACGCCCAAAUUCUCUCUGCCGAGGAAAUCGUCAGAAUCAUAACCGUCAGGAAAGACGGAACCGGCCAAUUCAGAACCGUCACAGACGCCGUGAACAGCAUUCCUUCUGGGAACACAAGGCGCGUCGUGGUUUUCAUCGGCGGGGGCGUGUAUACGGAGAAGAUUCUUGUUGACGCGUCGAAGCCGUUCGUGACGUUUUACGGGGACCAGAACGACGUGCCGUCAAUCACGUUCGAUGGCACGGCGUUGAAGUACGGGACGUGGAAUAGUUCCACGGUGGCGGUGGAGUCCGACUACUUCGUGGCCGUCAAUAUUGCGUUCGUGAAUUCAGCUCCGAUGCCGGACGGAAUAAGGCCGGGGGCACAGGCGGUGGCGAUGAGGAUAUCAGGAGACAAGGCAGCGUUCCACAACUGCAGGUUCAUAGGAUUUCAAGACACGUUAUUGGAUGAUAGGGGGAGACAUUUCUUCAAGGAUUGCCACAUCCAAGGCACGGUCGAUUUCAUCUUUGGCAAUGGCAAAUCCCUCUACUUGAAUAAUAUGAUACAUUCAGUUGCAAAUGGUAUGGGGGUGAUAACGGCACAUGCUAGGGAAAAUGUGGAAGACGAUAGUGGUUUUGCAUUUGUGCAUUGCAACAUAACGGGGACAGGUGACACAUUUCUUGGGCGAGCUUGGAGGGAGAGACCUAGGGUUGUGUUUGCUUACACAUACAUGGGCUCUCUCAUCGAUAAACAAGGAUGGUCUGACUACAUGCAUACCGAGCGUGACAAGACUGUGUUUUAUGGAGAGUACAAGUGUAUGGGACCGGGUUCGAGCUCAUCGGGUCGGGUCAAGUAUGCAAGAAUGUUAUCUGAUGAAGAAGCAAAGCCCUUUCUCAGCCUGACUUUCAUCAAAGGAACAAAGUGGGUUCUCCCACCUCCCAAGAUAUGAAUUAUAUAUAUGUAUACUGCUCAUAUCAUCAGUAUAUAUAUGUGUGUAUCAAUGUAGUAAAUAAAAUGAGGAAUACUAGGUUGAAGGUCAAGGGAAACUAGCCAGGCCAGCAUUAAUGUGCUCUCCUGUAAGUGUCUUACCAUGUGUAUAUAGUUUACCCCAUGUUGUAAGCUUGUAACUUUGCAAGAAAAGCAAGUUAUUUAGUGAAAAUUGGGGUUUCUAUACACCACAUAGUAUUUGAUUUUUUUUUUUCUUGGAUAGAGGAGAUAACCUACCACACAUUGGUAACAAACUAAUCCACAUCCUCAUGCAGCUUUAAUAGUGUACGAGACGGUCAUAUUUUUGUCUUUCGGUCAAACCUUACGCCAAAACAAACCUGAUGACCCCAAAAAUGCAUGCAUCCAUGGGAGCUCGAACUCGAAUUGGAGGCUUCAACUCUUGACCAAUCCCUUGGGGUUAGCUAGGAGUUAUACCACAUCAUAUAAUUAUCAUUGUAACUAACAACUAUUUACUAUGAAUUUUCUCUCUUGCACAAGGACCA